UUUAGGACUUGUUCGGGAAUAAAAAGAAUCUAUAUUUUAAUCAGAGAGAAAAAAGGAAAAACUACAGAAGAAAGAUUCAAAGAACUUUUCGAUAACCCUGUAUUUGAUUUAAUGAAAAAAGAAAAACCGAACUUUUUAGAAAAGAUCACUGCAGUUAUCGGCGAUUGCGCUUUGCCAAACAUGGGAAUCGAAGAAAAAUACAUCAACAUUAUUAAAGACGAAGUAAACAUAGUAAUACACUCUGCUGCUACUGUACGAUUUGACGAACAUUUGAGAAUAGCUGUCAAUAUAAAUAUAAUUGCCUUACAAGAUUUAUUGAAAAUUAGCCAAAAAAUUAAAAACUUGAAAGCUUUUGUUCACAUUUCAACUGCUUAUUCUAAUUGUGCUGGAAGGGAAGUUGUGGAAGAGAUUUUUUACAAAACACCUAUAACUGGAGACAAGUUAUUACAAGUUGUUAACGGUCUAGACGAUGAUUACAUCACUAAAAUUACACCUUCGUUACUAGGAAAAUGGCCAAAUACAUACGCAAUGACUAAAGCAAUUGCCGAGGGCGAAAUAUUGACUUAUGGCAAAGGAUUACCAAUCGGAAUUAUUAGACCGUCAAUGAUUAUCGCCACCGCUAACGAACCUGUUACUGGAUGGAUUAACAAUUUCUAUGGACCAACUGGAGUUGUGGCAGCCACUGGCCUUGGUCUCAUGAGAUGCAUGCAUGCAGAUUCAUCUAAAACAGCGGAUAUCGUGCCUGGAGAUUACGUCAGCAAUGCCGUGUUGGCUUGUGCUUGGGAUAUUCACAACCAAUGGUAAUUAUAAUAAUCCAUACAACUCUAU